GCCGCCGCCACUGGACUCGAGAUCGGCCACCUAAAGCGUCCUACUGCCAUCACGGGACCCGAGAGCUCCUGGUGUUUUUCUUUAAAGCUGUUGUACUACAGAAAGGCAACGUUCAGUCUACAGAGUAUAAAUCCUCUACACUAUGUCAUCUAACCAGUCAUUCAAAAUCAAACAUGAAGAGGCCUACGCCUCCCUGAUGAGAGGCCUGAAGGAGCUGGACCUACAGGGACCCUGUGUUCCCAGUGACCUGGUCCUGAUUGGAGACCAUGCCUUUCCUUUAGCAAUGAACAGCCGAGGUCAGGUGCUGAUGGCUGCCUCUCUGUACGGCAGUGGAAGGAUUGUGGUCCUGGGUCAUGAGGGCUACUUGAAAGCCUUUCCUGCUCUGGUAGAAAAUGCUCUGACCUGGCUGAGAGGUGAUGGAUCUGAUAACCUCUCUGUAGGGGUGCACAGAAAUGUCAGUGCAGCUGCUAAUAGCCUAAAAAAAUCCAGCUUCCAAGUAGAAGUUGUGGGAGCCUUCAGUGACAGACUGGGAGUUGGCGUUUAUGUGACCGAUGCCUACAGCGUGGGCUCAGACCCAAAAGACCUGGUGGCAUUUCUGAAAGCUGGAGGAGGGGUGCUGAUAGCUGGACAGGCGUGGAAUUGGGCUGCAAAUCACCCCAAAGAGAACACACUGCAUCAGUUUGAUGGGAAUAAAGUGUCGGGAGUGGCAGGAAUCUACUUCACUGAGCGUUAUGGUGAGGCGGAGAACCUGCCCGUCUACCCUCAGAUCUCGUCCUCCUGGAUGUCAUUAGCGACAGGCAGGGAUUUUAAGGAUGACUUGGAGUUCUUACUCCAGGGGGUUUCAGAAUUCAACCUCCCCUCUGAGUAUCUGUGUUCUGAGGUUCUAGUCCACAGCCCACUAGCCUUUCCCAUCGGCACUACAGAAGAUGGACGACCAUUCCUGGCAGGAGCCUACUACGGGCGAGGACGGGUCAUUGCGGUUACACAUGAAGGAUGUCUGAAAUUUGAGAGCAUGGCUCCAUUUUGGAGAAACGCCAUUCACUGGUUGGAUGAAGGGCGCAAAGGGGUUGUUGGUGUCAUGGUGGAUCCUGCACUCAAAGUUCUGAGAAACAAGAUCCUCAACCUAAUGGGAUUGAGCCUGUUGAAAGCAACAAUCAGCGCGGGAUCAUACAAAGCCACUAUUCCCAGCGAGGCUAUUAAAGAUACUUACCAUUUCCGCCACCUUCUGUACCGCUUUGCUGCCCAUGUGACUACAGGUGGAAAACUAAACAAUCAUGAGGAGGGAUGUUUGAAAAAGCUGGGCAGCGACUGCAAUGUCUACUUGCAGAUGAAAGCCCAUGACUGCUUCCACUACAGACAAGUCUUGGCUGCACUCACUGACGUGUUAAAGAGGUCAGGCCUGCCGCAGGUGAGCGACAGCUGUCCUGUAAUGACUCCAAAAGACCACCUACUCCUCAGUGUGGGAUCAGCUGUAUAUAAGGUUUGCCCAAAUCCCGAUGCCCUCCGGCCCUACCUCAUCAAGGAUAAUCCAGCAAUGCCUGUUGUCUGUAACCAUAAGAUCAAGAUCGAUGCUAACACAGCAG